AUGAUAAGAAGUGGAAUAAAAAGCUUACGAUCAAGCAAUUAGAAGAAGCUUUAGAAAUAUUUCAGAAACAAAUAGAAAAUAGAGACUACUUGAUUCUUCAGUUUUGGGCUAAUAUUACAAAACCAAAUACUGAUAUUCUAUCAAAUGUGCAGACCACUAUUUAUUCGUGUAUUGAUAAAAAACAACUAAUAACUACCAUAAAUUAUCUGAAAAAUAUUUCAGAAGCUCAGAUUAGAGAAAUUCUUCUGCGAGCAGAAAUUCAAAAAAAAGAAAAAAUUAUCGAAUUAUAUAUGAACUUUCCAGUAAGUUCUUUAAAUUCUAUAAAUUUCAACAGUGAAAUUUGGCAGUCUAUUUAUCAAAAGAAUACCAUUUUACGUAUUGAAAAUAACAACUUAUUUAAAUUUUCAACAGAACAAUAUGAUGAUAUCAAUAACACUAUAGAUUUAGCAUUUGAAAAGUAUAAUCCAAAUUUUGAACCUUCACCUCAAAUAGAAUUAAAUUCUAAUUUAGAAGAUUUACACCAAGAUUAUUGUAAACAAAUUAUGAAGUCAUGGUAA